GAUUUUUUUUCUAAAAACUGUUAAAACUCGAAAAUUGUGAGCAGAAAAAUUAAAUGAAAAAUAAUCAACCUUUACAUUGUGCGAUUGAUUUUUUGUUUUUAGUAAUCAAAAUUUAUCAAUGAAAGCUUUUAAACUACUUUCACAAUUACAAUUUAAUACAAAUUUACUCUAUGUGCUUGCGGUAGCACUCAUUUCGUUGAUCUGAAAAAAAAACGUUUAAUUUUUGUGAGCGAUUGAUAUUCUUUAUAAACAUAUUGGCUUCAAUUUAACAUGUUUACCACCAAAUAUUCGAUUCGUCAUUUGGAACUGAAGAAACACGUCGAAGACAUAUCAAUUACACUUGUUAGUUUCGUUUCAACUCAAAUUUUGACAAGAUGGCAAUUGAAAAAACACGUUUAGAAAGAAGUUUACAAAUUAAACCAGCGGUAGUGACGCAAAACUAAAGCUAUAAAAAAUUAUACUUCGAAAAAUAUUGCGAAUUACAACUCAAUCUGCCGUAAAGAUCUAAAUUAAAGACGCAUUUUUAUAAAAAUCAGAAAAUGCCCUAUUUUUUGUGGGUUCUAUAUAAAACAUGAACUGACUUAUUUUUCAUACAUUUGUCUUGGUUAUUAGGCUGACUUUUAAUCUAAUUUAAAAAACAGCUUUACUGUCCGAUGCACGACAUCCCCGGACUAAGAGAGUCGCCCGGAGACGCUCUUCUACAGGCGAAGAAAGAUUCGGACCCACGACUCGUGAAAUCAUCCAAUCACUUCAAAAGUCGUCCACCAAUCAACCCCAAGUACAGUAAGCACAGGUCACGUGACUUCGACUGUUGCGGAUGGACUGAUGAGUUUGAGUUCUUACCACCGAGCCCCAGCUGGGAUGACUCAUCGUGUGCAGAAAUAUCCCUGACUUCGUGGCUGGAGAGCAGAAAGGGGGGCGAUUUGACUGACUCCAACUGGAGGUCAAAACAACAGUGGGAAAAAUAUUCAUCAGCAGAUGUGAAGCAGAGAUGCAAAGGUGCCAAGGUAGAAAAGGACGAGGAGUGGAAAGGAUUGCGACUAGAUUUGGGGGCUCGUUCAAUGACGGACACCAGCCUAUUGCCAACGACAACUAGGGGAUCGAAGACUACCAGAAAACAACGGGCAGAUAACCGACGAGCUUAUGAGGCAAAUCAGAUUAACAACCGACAAAGUUCUGUCGACUGUGCACUGGACGCAGAUCAAUUUACAAACGACAGCAGUUUGAACAGCAUCGAGAAGACCUUUUCAAAUGAGUUAUCUGCAUCCAUGAACCCUGCAACCAUGUCUGGCUUUUCCAGCUGCAAAUCCACAGCAGCAGACAACCCGAGCCAGUUAUAUAGAUGCAAGAAGCAAAGCGAGUUCUAUCUUCAAGACACUCUUCAACGAAGCAAGAGUAACCUCAUCCUAAAAACCUUCCAAUCAUCAGACAAAUCGGCCGCAGACUCUUACCCCGAAAGAACAAAACAGCAAACUGCUCGCCAUAAGUCAGGACAUGCUGCUACGGUUCCCACGAUUGUAUCGCCAAUCAAGUACCUUGAAAACAGCACGCAGUACAGACUCCCUUCGUCAGAACCCGGAUACCUGUGGAUGCAUUCUCGGAACUUACCCAGCGAGCGGAUUCCUUGGAAGAAACGUGAGUUCUACGACGACGGCGAGUCCCGAGAGCCCUCGCCAUUCGGGUUUCGACGACAGAAGACGAACCCGGACAUGCAGAAUUACAGAAGUCGAAAACUAGUUAAAGUUGCUGUCAAACUAAAAGAUGCAACUUUUGCAGCUCCUGCUCCAAUUAACAACACUUUUGCGAAUUCUGAGCAAAUGAGCAAAAACCGUUCCCCGGAUGAAUAUCGCGACCAGGAGAACCAUAUUUACGUGCAGAAAUACACUGAUGUGUCAUCGCGCAACCACGUCUCGAGCGAACCUGUUAAUUUCCUACCAACUGGCCAACCAAUCCAAUUUACAGGAAAACCAAACAGCAAAAAUGAGAAUCCAAACUUUGCUACCGAAGUAUACAGUGGAUGUAUCAGAGAACACAAGCCGCCAAUCAAAAUGAGGAUGAAUCAUCAGCAGCAGACGUCGAGUAAACGGGCCAAUCAGAAGCUUGCAUCUUCUUUGUCUGCACCGUCUCGGCAGAAUCUGAACUCACAGUCUGCUCUGAGCUCGACUGGAACAAAAACUUCCAUCAACUUCAUCAGUGCGGAUAUAGCAAGUGAAAAGGCGGCCAUUGAUAGUCUCAAUCUACUUCAGAGCCUUGAGAAAAAGCGGAGAGGACGACCAAUCAAAACGAGGCUGCUCGGCAGCGAAAAAUUAGCUUGCUCUUCACCUGAUUUCCAGUCCAGACCGUUUGGCGUUGACAGAGAAGGAUUUCUGCUGGGUGCACAUUCGGCCAAAGAUGACUGCCUCUCAAAGAUAAACAACUCAGCUACAUCGAGCAAUCAUUUCACUGCAACCCUGCCAACUAGCCUAACAUCAAAUGCGUCGAACAAAACUUUUAGUCUAUCACAACCCCAACUGAAUUGGAAGCUUUAAACAAUAAAUCUUGGAAAUAAUUCUUUGAAAUUUUAACUUUCGAAAACGCAGUGCUUAAUAUAUGUUAGUUAAUAGUAGUUGAUGUUUCCAUGGCAAAUGUACGAAAAGUGGUUAGUUUGUUACGCC